AUGAAUUUGGUCUUCAACACUCUUCUCAUCACCGGACUCAUUGCAUGCUGCGAAGCCGCUUGUAACACUUGCGCUUGCACCGGCCACCCGGAUCUUUUCACGAAGGAAUUGGUUGCCGGAUUCGAGCAGACUGUAAUGAACUUAACGUUCAUUGAGAAUGACCAAGCUACAAGCCUUGAAGCCUUGGUAUGCGUUGGAGGCAGCACAUGGCAAGCACAUACACCACGCUUCACCGAAGUUAAAAAUAUUGGAUGUUACGGAGCUAAAAAUAAUCUACCAUUUUGA